AUGUUGGCACUUGUAAAUGCCGAAAGUCAACAUAAUCAAACAAUACAAGAUAUUAUCCAUAAUCAACAUUCACCAACAUCAUCUAUUCUGACUGCAACAUCAACUUCUUCUGAAGAUUCUAUUUCACCAAUAAAUACUACUGAUAAGAAGUUACUUCCGUCAUCAACACCAAAUAUAAAUUCAUUUGGAAUUCAAAAAAAUUCUAUCAAUCAAUUUUCAUCACUUUCUGAUACUAUAUCUUUAAGUCAAUCAGCAUUCAAAACAUUUAAACAGUCAACAACAUCUACUUCUACAUCUUCUACUACUGGAUCAGGUAUAGGAAUAACAUCUUCUAAUUCCAAUAUUAAUUUAAAUCAACAUCAUCUUCCAAACGCUACAUUGUCGCAAAUAAAUCCUUUAAACUUGUCUACCCUUGAUAGUAGACUUUUAUCAAUUUUAAGUGAAGAACAUCAAAAACAAAGUAGCAUUGGAAUUUUUUCAACAAACCUUCAAAGUGCUUUUAAAACAACUACUCAUCAACCACGAAUUGGUUCAUUUGGUAUUAAUCAACUGGAUAAAACUAAUUCAUUCAUUUCAACAGCACCACCAACACCAUCAACUAAUCUGGAUCCAUCUACUUUAAUGGCUGCUCAGUUAGGACUUCUUAAUAGCCCUAAUGCAUUACUUACUAUGAUGCAGGCUGCAGCAGCACAAAAUCUUUACAUACACCAAAAACAAAGUGAAAUGAACGGUGGAUCAGGAACUGGUAAUGGACAAAUAUCGGCUACAUCACUUUUAACAUCAGGUGGUGGAAUAGUUAGGUCAAAUCCAGGAAAUUUAUUGGGACAACCACAAAAUACUAUUCUUCAACAAGCAAAUAUAUUAAAAUCAAUGUACCCAUCUUUAUAUGGUUCACAGUCAUUUUUAUUGAAUGAUCAUUUGGAGAGUACCACUGGAGGAGGAUCAAGUAUACAAAGUAAUUCUACUAUAUCAUCACAUCAUUCGAAUCCUUGUAACGUAUUUAAUAAUUCAUCAUUAAAUACAUCAACCAUCUCUUGUAAUACUCCUAGAAAUAUAACUAUAUCUAAUACUCAAUCAACUGGUGGAUCAAUGCCUAGGGACAUGUGUAUAGAACCGUGUGUUGUCUGUGGUGACAAAGCCUCUGGGCGUCAUUAUGGGGCAGUAUCAUGUGAAGGUUGCAAAGGAUUUUUCAAACGCAGUAUUAGAAAACAAAUAGGUUAUGUUUGUCGAGGAAAUAAAGAUUGUCCGGUUACUAAAUUUCAUAGAAAUAGAUGUCAAUUUUGUAGAUUAAAAAAAUGUCUUGCAAUGGGAAUGAGAUCUGAAUCUGUUCAAGCAGAAAGGAGACCAAUGAAUAUUAGCAAUACAAAUAAUAAUAAUAAUAAUAAUAAUGGAAACGCAAAUAAUGCUAUUCCUAAUAAUACUAUAAAUGUUCAAAAUUUUAAUGGAUUACAAGGAAGUAAUCAAAAUGGAAGGUUAAAUGUUUUAUCUGAAAAUUUAACAUUAUCAAAUAAUAAUACUUCAAAUAAUGGUGUUAGUAAUAUUCUUCAAACAUCAAAUCAAAGAACAUCAUUAGGAAAUGGUACUUUAGCAUCUAAUUUACUAGGAUUUAAUCCAAAACCAUCUAAUCUAUCAUAUAUGCAAGGAUUAUUAGCUAUAGCAAAAAGUGAAAAUUCUAUAACAUCAUGUAAAGAAAGUAAUGGUAAUAGAAAAGAUUCUGGAACUUAUGAUUCAUCAUCUAGUAGUGGUAUCUCAUGUAAUAGUCCCGAUGAAAGUAAAUUACAAAUUAAACGUGAAUCUAUUGAUGAAGAUGAAUCUGGUUUAGAUAUGACAUCAGUUGGUUUAACUGCUUCUGCUUCACCAUUAUCAUCUAAUGGUGGUGGAUGUUCUUUAUCAGAUGAUGGAUCUCUUAUAAUUGGUAAUGUUAUUGAUUCUGAAUCAGCUAAAUUUGAACUUCUCAUUGGUCAACCUAUACCACAAGAUCUCAACAUUCAAUUUUUCUGUGAAGCUGCAUCAAGAUUACUUUUUAUGUCUAUACAUUGGCUCAAAAAUAUUAAAGUAUUUAGUCAAAAAGAUAUUUAUGUUGAGAAUACUAUGAAAAUAAAAUGGUGUGACAUAUUUGUUUUAGGUUUAAUGCAAUGUAAUCAAGAUUUUAAUUUAUCAGUAAUGUUAACAGCUAUGGGAAAUCAUCUUAGUACAUGUGUUAAAUUUGGUCAAUUAAAACCAGAAAAAUAUGAUGAAGUUUCUGAACAAAUAUCAAAACUUUUAACAAUGAUAAAAAGAUUUGAUGAAUUAAAACUUUCUGGUAUUGAAUUUGCUUACCUUAAGACAAUAUCAUUUACAGCUCAAGAUUUACCAGAAGUAAUAACAUCUCAUGUCUCAAGGCAAAUUAAUUCAGCAGCUUGUACAGAAUUAUAUGAAUACUUAAAUAAUAAUCUUAAUUCAUCUUCUUCAUCUGUAAAUGGAACAAUUGAUGAUUCUCAUUCUGAGACUGAUUGUGCUUCAUCAAGUCCUGGUACAACAUCUACUUCAAUUACAAGUCAUUCACAAGGAUCUUGUAAUAUAAUUGACAGAUAUAGCAAAAUAAUGAUGCUUUUAAGUAGCUUAAGAUGGCUUAAACAAAAUGUACUUGUAGAAUUAUUUUUCAGUGGUUUAAUUGGUAACUCAUCCAUUGAAACAGUUAUUCCAUAUAUCUUAUCAAUGGAUUGGAACGGUAUUAUGGAUAAUCAAACAUUAGAUAAUGGUAUGUCUUCAUCGCCAUCCGAGAAAGUUGAAUGCGAUAAUUCUAAUAGUAUAAUUAAUAACAACAAUAAUACAAUUACUCAAUUUGUUAAGACAUAA